AUGGAAGAAGCCGCCGCCGCCGCCGCCGUGGCUGUACCAGCGAUAAGGGCGGGGGAGAAAUGUUAUUCCGGAACACAGCCAAUCACUGCGCCCUGUUUGCCACUCCAGCCGUCUGAGUGUGUAACUGCUCGCUGCCCUGGUUAUGAGAUCAACCUCUCCAACAAUCGUUCUCCUCAAAGUCUUGCAGAAUUAUAUCGAUAUAUUCGCCUGCCCCUGAGAGGCGAAAGAUAUGAGCUGGGGAGAAGGGGUAUCUAUGGACAGGUAUUCUCUGGGGCAGAGGGUGUGGUAACAGAAGUCUUAGUCCCGUUACAAAAUGGACAUGCUGUUCCAUACCCUUGA